AUGCGCCAUUUCGACGCCUGGCUCCUCCGCGACCCCUACUCAAUCUUCCACUACUAUCCCACCAAGCGACGCUGGUCAGAAACCAUCCGCGAACUGAUUCAAGACCGCCAAAUCUGCGCCCCCACGCCGUCUGCCUCUGCGUCCACGCCAUCAGCCCCGGAUAUUUUCCUAGAAAUCGACCCCCAACGCAACAGCCCCCUCUUCACCCGCCUGCCCCCCGAGAUUCGGUCCAUAAUUUGGGCCUACGUCUUCGGCGAGCCCAUUCUCCACCUCGUCCAGAUCCGCAAUCAAAUCCGCCACGUGCGCUGCCCCAAUCCCGUCUCUGCGAUUGACAAGAACCGGCGCUGCUGUCCCAUCACCGCCGCGCGAUGGCGUACGGACGUUGAUUCCCCGUCCGCUGCUGCACCAGCUUCCCCAAGCAACAGCAGCAGCAGCAGUACCAACAAACAACCCCCCAACACCGACCCCAACAGCAGACUCUACGCCCACACCCACCCCUCCCUCCCCGCACACCUCAGCACCACCCCAGCGAGCCUGCUGCGCACCUGCCGCGCGAUCUACAACGAAGCAGCACCGCACCUGUACCGCGACGCGACCUUCGAUGUCGACGACCUGUCGACCUGGAUCGCAUUCACCGACCAGGUCAACCCGGCCAGCCUGGGGGAGGUGCGGACCUUGAGCGUGCAGGUUGUCCCGCUGGACGGGAUACCCCCCUACUCAAUCCACACCCACACACACAACCCGCACCUCUGGACAGCCUUCUGGCACAGAACCACCACGAGGUGCCCGCACCUCACCGACCUAACCCUCUGCAUCGACCUGGGCCGCUUCACCACCACCAACAACCCCGGCACGGGCACCACGGGCACCACCAUAAUUGGGGGCUACAAACUCCCGCUCCACGCCGGGAUAGACGCGGAAUGGCUGCAGCCCAUUGUGCGGCGGGUGCGCGGGUUGCAGCGGUUCGACCUGGCGGUCACGGCGCGGUGUGAGGCGGCGGCGCGGGCGGGGGUGGAGCGGGAGAUACCCCUUUCUUUGGAUCCGUUUAGCAACGUUCAUACCACUAAAAGAUGA